AUGGUUACCCCUGCAACAAAUGCCCAAUCGACGCAACAACGCAGGUUGUCCCUAAACACCCUUGGGCUCUCCGGAUCCCCAACACAGAUUUCUCCACUCGCGAGUAGCCGACUUUUCCGACCCGCCAGCAUAUCGAGUUCUGUGGGGUCUAACUCUGUUAAUCCUGAGGAGGCGCUAAUCGAUGAGGACAAUGAAAAUGUCCCCCCAAAUGAUGGUGCACAUUCACCCUUUGGGCGUCGUCUCUCUUCCAGCGCGCGGACACUUCAUGAGACACAUGGUGGAAGCACUGAUGGUAGAAAUCCGUCUCCUGGUUCACGCAUGCCGGAAGGGCGCCGAAGUUCGCUAUCAGCCAGCACCUUCCCCUUCCAUACCUCCUCUGGAUCGGCCGCCCCAAAUACAAGUAAAGUAUUCCCCCAAAACGAUAUAUCUAACCUGACGAGACGACACCUAGGAGAAGGCUUUAACUGGUCCAAAGCUCUACGGACCAGAGCCGAGCGUGCUCCAUCUCUAGGCUCCAUUCCUCCAAAUGUCCAUUCGCAUCCAAUCGGGGCCGGCCAGAAUGAUUACCAGCAACGAGCUACCUCUAUUGCGUCUACAGAGCAACCUGCUAGGAACAUACCCAAACACCAUAAGCAGAAAAAACCCGACUUUUUCCAAGAGAAGAUCUUGAGGGGCGAUUUUAUUGACUAG